AUCUACGUCUGAACCUCAACAGUCUCGACGGCGAGGCCGGGAUAUCAGAUAUCCCCCCUCUUGCUUCUCCCUAUCAUGCCUACACCGGAUGCUAGGACGCGGAGUACCGUGAGCCUAUCGCCGAAGGCGUUCUCCAAGUCAAUCCCCGGCCGUCACCUUCCCCAGCUCUUUCUCAGCAAUGUCCUGUUCGCAUUUGCACUGUACGCCGGAAAGGAAUGGCUGCUUGAGUUUGACGUGGGGGUGUUCUGGGUUCUCCUGCGAGUACUGGCGUGCGGCGGUGUUGGGGUACUUGUCUGGGAGAGUAGGACCGGUCAAUUGGCGAAGCGGAACUCGAUAGAGUGGUCCGUUCUGGGCAUGGCCUCGUUUCUGCUAUUCGUUCAGCAAGCAUCUCUGUUCACCGCGCUCUACCGGUUAUCCUCCAUGAGAGUUGCCAUGUUCUGUCUGUUCCCCACACUCUGGUCGGACGCGUCUUCCUCAUCCUCAAAGCUCCUCGUCACCACGAUAGGAGUUGCAGUAUCCAUCUUGACCGACUCGCUAUUGACUUGGGACGGCUUCCAUCGCGUCUUCCCCGGAUAUGGCGCGUUAGUGCUGCACGCCGCCGCGUCCGCCGGCUUCGAGCACACCCUGCAAGUGCUAGCACCCGCCGUCGGUACAAGGUUCGCGAUCGCAGCCAGCGUUCUCGGCGCAUCCGCCUUCGCGCUCCCCCUCUACGUCUUCCGGAUGGUAGUCCUCGACUUUCCCACAACCCCUGUCCUUCCCCUCCUCUCGCUGGCCGUCCUCCCCAUGCUAGCAUACUCUAUCCUUUUCCUCACUCCCAUGACCGCCCGCUCCCUGAAGACCCUGUCACUCACCCCGCAACACUUCCUCAUCUCCUUCCCCACCACCAAUGUGGUGGCCGCCCUCCUCGGCCCGUUGGCCUUCAAUCAGUACCCGCAGUGGGCAGACCUGGUCAUCGUAUCGUGCCUCUUCUACGGGCUAUUCCCUCGGAGCGUCAGCUCCCUCACGCGACCGCCGCAGACGCCCACAACGCGCCUGCUGCGGUCGUACAUCAAGACCAUACUUGCGAACCCAGAUUCGCGCAAGAUAUUCUACUUCUUGCUGCUCAACCUGUGCUAUAUGCUGGUGCAGAUGCUAUACGGCGUGUGGACGAAUAGUCUGGGACUCAUAUCCGAUGCGAUCCAUAUGGCGUUCGACUGCAUGGCCAUCGGUGUUGGGUUGUUCGCAUCCGUCAUGGCGAAAUGGGAACCCAAUGAGAGAUUUACCUAUGGCUACGGACGUAUAGAAACAUUAUCCGGUUUCGCAAAUGGCAUCUUCCUCAUCCUCAUCUCGAUCUUCAUUGUCUUCGAAGCGAUCCAGCGCAUCUUGGAGCCGCCCGAGAUGAACACGAACCAGCUGCUGUUUGUUAGCUCUCUGGGUUUGGGCGUGAACCUAUUUGGCAUGUUCGCGAUGGGAGGACAUCAUCAUCACCACCAUGGUCACUCACACGGACACGAUCACGGCCACUCGCACGGGCACGAUCAUGGGCAUUCGCACUCGCAUUCACACUCGCACUCGCACUCGCAUGGACAUGAACAUGAUCACGGCCAUGACCAUGGUCACUCGCAUGAACAUGAUCAUGACCAUGCGCACGAACUUGGACACUGCGACCACGACCACGAUCACGACCAUGACCACUCUCCACUACAGACCGCGCGUCCCCUCCCCGGACUACCUGUUCUCGCCUUCGAUCCGCCAACACCGUCGCUGGCGAGUCCGCCGUCGCUCAAUGGGAUAAAUGGUCACUCGUCGCAUGGAUCGCUGCACUCGUUCUCUUCGGGCCACACCCAUGAUCAUGACCAUGACCAUGACCAUGACCACGAACAUGAACAUGACGGGCACCAUAGCCACGAGCCGCACGAUCACGAGCACGAUCACGAGCAUGAACACGACCAUGGACAUGGACAUGAUCAUGAACCACUGGUCAAGCCCAGCGAACCGCUCCGCCCGUCAACGCUCAAGCGUCAGUUCACCGGGCCCGCCAUCAAGACCAAGCCCGAGCAUUUCCGCGCGCAGUCCAUGUCGUCGCUCUCUGUUCCCUCCUUGAACGGGAAUGGACUCAAUGGCGGCGCGUCGAAACAUUCCCACUCCCAUGGGCGUAAACCGACGCUCUCAGCUAUUAACCCCGCCGUCGCCGCGCUGCAACAUGAUUCUGUGCCGUCGCCAAUGACGCCGAGCUACCGCUUCACGCACGAUGACCACCUCGAGACGCACCAUCACCAGCACGGUGCGCAUACGCAUAGCCAUGGCGAGAGCUGCGACGGAGGGCAUCACCACCACCAUGAUCAUGAGGGUCAUAGUCACAACAUGCGUGGCGUGUUCUUGCACGUUAUGGCGGAUACCCUUGGGUCGGUCGGUGUUAUUGUAUCGACGCUCCUGAUCCAGUUCUAUGGCUGGACAGGGUUCGACCCGAUCGCAUCGCUGUUCAUUGCUAUAUUGAUUGCGGCGAGCGUAGUCCCGCUGGUCAUAGACACAGGGAAGGUGCUCGCCUUAGAUGUCGGCGACCGCGAGAGCGCCAUCAGCGAGGCGCUAUCUGAGCUCCACUCCAUCGAUGGCCUCGCCGGCUACACCUCUCCACGCUUCUGGCCUAAAGACGCCUCGACGUUUAUUGGGUCGAUCCACAUCCAACUUGCGCCCUCCGCCGCCUCUUUCGACCCGUCGCUACCGUACUCAACUCGCGGGACGACGUACGCGCGACUGGACCGCGUCGUUGAGCGCGUGGACGCUCUGUUGAAGAACAGGAUAUCGGGUCUCGAGGAGCUCGUGAUACAGGUGGAGGCUGGCGGGCCGCCGUAGCAGAGGGCCAGCGUAUGUGGACUAUUGUAACUGUACAGCAGGAGUUUUCGUUUCGUGCGUAUUUAUUGCUUGCUUGGAUCGCCUGA